UAAAAAGAAAAUCUAAAUUAAGGUGCCUCGCAACCUUUAAACCCCAAAACCCUCCGCCGCCGCCGCUGCCGUCACUGGUAAAUCGCCCUCAGUUUCCGCCUCCUUCUUCAUACCUUACUACCAUAUUUUCCUUUGAAUACCUUAGCUACAUCCAAAAACCCUCACCAAAAUGUCUCAUCACAGUAAUUCCCCGAUUCAAAUGGUAGAAUUGGAAAACAGAGGAAGAGCAUUAGUCUCCACCAAGCCGCUCAAGGCCGGAGAAAUCCUCCUCAAAGAAUCCCCAAUUCUCCUCUACUCCGCCCUCCCCUCCGCUGCAGCCGCCAAUUACUGCUCCCACUGUUACAGAACAAUCGCAUCCCAAUCCACAACAACCCUCUCCUGCCCUAAUUGCUCCGCCGCCUCCCAAUUCUGCUCUCCCCAAUGCCAAUCCGCUGCUCUCUCCACCUCCCACACCCCAUUCGUUUGCUCCGCCUUACGCCGUCUCUGCGCCGCCGACUCUCCGCUCCUCCUCCAGCACCACCACGACCGCCUCAUCCAAGCUCGGUUCCUCAUCGCCGCGUACAAUCUAGCAAUCGCGUCGCCGCCCAAAUUUCAAACCCUAAUUUCACUCCAAGGCGACGCCUUGGCCGACGACGCCUCCGUUUUCCUACAUUCCGUGAUUUCGACGAUUUGCCAGCUGCCGAAUUCUGGAGAAUUAGGGGUUUCAGUCGAAUUGACGGCGGCGCUGCUAGCUAAGGAUAAACUCAAUGCUUUUGGGCUUAUGGAGCCAUUCAAUCAGGGGAAAGAGAGGUCUGUUAGGGCGUACGGCCUUUACCCAACGGCGUCGUUUUUCAACCAUGAUUGCCUCCCCAAUGCGUGUAGGUUUGAUUAUGUUGAUUCUGCCUCCGAAUUCAGCAACACCGAUAUUACAAUUAGGGUGAUCCAUGAUCUCCCUGCAGGCAGGGAGAUCUGCCUGAGCUACUUCCCUGUCAAUUUUAAGUAUGUGGAGAGGCAGCAGAGGUUGAAGGAGGAUUACGGUUUUGUGUGUGAUUGUGAUCGCUGUAAAGUCGAGGCUAAUUGGUCUGAUGAUGAGGAAGAAGGGGAAGGGGAAAUGAACCGUGAUGUUGGUGAUGAUGAUAUGGAUGAGGAUGGUGAUGACGAGGAGGGUGAUUUGGAGACGACGGACAGUGGCAUGGAUAAAGAAGGUGAAGAUGAUAGCUUCCCUCACGCGUACUUCUUCAUAAGAUACAUGUGCAGCGUGGACAACUGUGGGGGUACAUUGGCCCCUGUGCCUCCGGUUGAUGCUCGCCCCUCUACUGUCAUGGAGUGCAAUGUAUGCGGCAGCUUCAGCAAAUGUGAGGACUGAAGCAUCACUUGGAAGUAAGCAAUUUCACCUUGAUAUUUCAGGAAAGGAUUGCUGCCUAGAUGCCUACUACCCUCAAGUGAAAAUUGCAACUUCACGUGAGAAUUAAGGUGCCUUCUCAAUGACUUUUUCUCUACCAUGUUUUCUGCAGUGAACUUUGGAGUUUUAUAGCGAGCACGAGAUGCCUGCUGCAAAGGCUAGCUCAUCGUUGAUGGAGAGAUGGAGGCUCAUCUUUUCUUCCUCACACCAGUCUAACUACUGCUUGGAUUGUUGUUCAGAGAGAGAAAAAUCAUCUUGUUUACUUGGUUGAUCAUAUGCUUUGACCUAUUGAAAUAUGAUGUAUUUUCCAUGAUCCACCACAUAAUUGACUAGAACCAAGUACAGUAGGCAAAAGCUGUUAUUUUUGAGACACUGUAUUAGAUUAUAGUAAUCAUUACUUGAGAUUAUGGCAAACUAAACAUUCUUCAUCAAAGAUAAAUUGGGUGUUUUAAUACUUAUUCACUGGUA